CUGCGGCUCCUCUUGUUUAUAUGAAGGCGACCGCUGCUCCCGUCGCAGUCCGACGUGAGCGUCCACCGGCUCGUCCGCCGCCUCCCUCACCGACCGACCGACAGGUCCUCUACGCGUGCGCGGCUUUACUCCACGUCACUCCGAACGGCCGCUCGAGUCGCGCUCGUCCAUGGCUACCAGGAAGAGACCCGGCGAGAACGGCCGGCGGGACGGAACUCCAUCCAAACACAAGCCCCCCAGGGCGGACGGACCCGGUCACGUGGCCGCCUUGAUCCUGGCGCGCGGGGGGAGCAAAGGGAUCCCCCUGAAAAACAUCAAGAUGCUAGCGGGGGUGCCGCUCCUCGGCUGGGUGCUGAGGGCCGCGGUGGACUCCAAGAAGUUCUCGAGUGUUUGGGUUUCCACUGACCACGACGAGAUCGAGAAGGUGGCGAGGGCCUGCGGGGCCCAGGUGCACCGCAGGAGUCCCGAGGUGUCCAAGGACUCCUCCUCGUCCCUGGACACCAUCCAAGAGUUUUGCAGGCUCAACCCAGAAGUAGACUUUGUGUGCCACAUCCAGGCCACGUCACCGUGUCUCCACCCGUUCCACCUGACGGAGGCCCUGGAGAUGAUCACGGAGCAGGGCUACGAUUCGGUCUUCGCCGUGGUCCGCAGACACCAUUUCCGCUGGCAGGAGGUCAAUAAAGCAUCCGGCGAGCUCACCAGGCCGCUCAAUCUGGACCCGCUCAACCGCCCCCGCCGCCAGGACUGGGACGGCGAGCUGUGUGAGAACGGCUCCUUCUACUUCAGCACGAGGCACUGCAUAAUGAACGAGGGGCUCCUGCAGGGCGGCAAGGUGGCGUACUACGAGAUGAAGGCCGAGUACAGCGUGGACAUCGACGUGGACAUCGACUGGCCCGUGGCCGAGCAGAGGGUUCUCCGCUACGGCUACUUCGGCGAGGCCAACCCGGAGGUGGUGCGCCUGAUGUUCUGCAACGUCUCCGGGUGUUUGACGGAAGGCAGGAUCUACCUGUCCAAGUCCGGGGAGCAGAUGGUGUCCGUUAACACCAGAGACACGGCGGGCAUCCGCAUGCUGCAGAGGGAGAACACCGAGGUGGUGCUGCUGACCUCCGCGCUGGACUCCGUGGGCCGGUCCCUGGCCGACAGGGUGGCCGAGGUGACGGGCUGCCAGGUGGUGGAGGUGGGGGCGGAGCCCUUGAAGGAACUGAAGCCGAUGGUGGAGGCGAAGAAGCUCGGCUGGAAGGACGUGGCGUUCAUGGGUUGCGACAUGCCGGACGUCGGCUGCCUGAACCUGGCGGGUUUGAGCGCGGUGCCCCACGACGCCCCGUCGGUCGCCAUCAACGCCGCCAAGUACAUCUGCCGCAGCGGCGGGGGAGCGGGAGCCGUGAGGGAGUUCGCUGAGCACAUCCUGCUGCAGAAGGAAAAAGCAAAGGCGCGGCGGAGGAGCACCGACAGCGUUUGAUUCAACUACGAAUACUAAUCCUAAAAGUGGUGAUGCUGAUGAUGAUUAUGGUGCCGGUGAGAAUGAAUCAAGCGUGCAGUGUUGUCUGAGGUUCUACUCGUGAGCUUCGAGUUAGUUAAAUUUAUUUAGCAGGUUAAAUGUCAGGACUGGCUAAAAAAGUGAGAUUAUGAGUGUUGGAUGAAAAAGAAGGAUUUUUAGUCAUACUGUCAAUAUGGGUUUACGAUAUUUAUCAAACAUUGUACUUGUAAUUCAAGUUUUCAAAGGUGCCAUUUAAAAAAAAAUGUAAUUCUACCAAAUAAUUUUAAUAAAUAUUUGAUGAUCCGA